AUGGCCUACGUCGUUCCUAUCCACGGCGCCAGCAGCAUCCGACACGCCCUUAGAGCCAAGUUCAUCAGCCCAGACGAAGACUGUCUUGUCGUCGCGAAAGCGAACCGCCUUGAGCUCUACACCCAAUCCGCAGAUGGCCUCGUCCUACAACAUUCCAAAGCAAUCUAUGGCCGCGUCACUCUCCUUAAAAAGCUUCCUCGAUCCACUGCUGGCGGUCUGGCGCUGACGGACGCUCUCUUCGUUGGCACAGACCAAUACGCAUACUUCUCUAUCACCUGGGACCCGGUCCACGAGCAGCUGCGAACCGAGCGGAAGUACAUCGAUCUUGCAGAUGGGUCACUGCGAGAAGCUCACAGUGAUGAUAGAUGUCAGAUUGACCCGUCCGGCAGCUUCCUCACCCUGGAAGUGUAUGAGGGCGUUGUCUCUAUCUUCCCGCUUGUCACCGCAGAUUCGCACAAACGGGCUAAGUCAGCAGUUUCAGCUUCGGCCUCUUCGGCUUCUACAUCAGUAGAACAGCUAGGAGAGCCACUACAGGUCCGGAUUGAGGAGCUGAUGGUUAGGUCCUCUGCAUUUCUGGAUCAGGAGGCUUCGAACACCCCUCGUUUUGCGCUUCUGUAUGAAGACACACAGGGCAAGGUCAAGCUCAAACUCCGGGAUCUCAAGUAUACCCAUGCAAUCAUCACUGGUGAUCCUGGAAGCGCUGCUGAACUAAAAGAUGUGACUACUCUUUCGGACGAGGUAGAUCUCGGUGCUAGUAUCCUCAUUCCUGUUCCCCGUCCAUUAGGUGGUCUCCUGAUUAUCGGAGAAUCAUCUAUCAAAUAUGUUGAUGUCUCCAGGAACGAAACUAUUUCAAGGCCACUGGCUGAGUCCACUGUAUUUGUAGCCUGGGAGCAGGUGGACGGCCAACGGUGGCUGUUAGCGGAUGACUAUGGCCGCCUCUUCUUCCUCAUGCUCGUUCUUGACGCUGAAAAUGCUGUUGAUACAUGGAAGGUUGACUUCCUCGGUGUCACCUCUCGUGCUUCCGUGCUUGUCUAUCUUGACGGCGGCAUUGUUUUCGUCGGCUCCCACCAGGGCGACUCACAGGUCAUCCAGAUUAAAGAGGGCGGCUUCGACCUUGUCCAGACUAUAUCUAACAUCGCUCCCAUUCUCGACUUCACCGUCAUGGACAUGGGUGACCGUUCGGGUGCCACUCGCGAGUUUUCAUCAGGCCAAACACGCAUCGUCACCGGAUCUGGAGCGUUUGGCGAUGGUAGCCUGCGUAGUGUUCGUAGUGGUGUUGGGAUCGAAGAGCUCGGCGUGCUUGCCAGCAUGGAACAUAUUACUGACCUCUGGACAUUGCGUUCUGCCUGUCCAGAACCAUUUUUGGAUACUCUCCUUGUCUCCUUCGUCAAUGAAACUCGAGUAUUCCAUUUCUCUGCUGAUGGUGAUGUAGAGGAGAAGGAGGACGGCUUUCUUGGCCUUGUAUUCUCCCAAAGCACCCUACUUGCCACCAAUAUACCCGGAAAUCGUAUUAUCCAGGUGACCGAGAGUACAUCUAGAGCGAUAGAUGUCGACAGUGGCAUGAUAAUAUGGCGGUCUUCCUAUGAAGAGUUCACCAUCACCUCCGCCUCUGCAAAUGAUGACUAUCUCGUUCUCGUACUCGGAGGCAUCCGGCUUGUUUGCAUGUCACUUUCGACCUUCGAACUGGUCGGAAGCAGAGACUUUGAGGCAGAUAACCAGGUCUCCGGCAUGACUAUACCGGCCUCCCCAACCCAAGCGUGCAUCGUAUGUCUCCCACAGUCCGCCGAGAUUAUCAUUCUCGACCUUCCUGAGCUCGAAGUAAAGAACAAGCAGGCCCUAGGCGAACCCGGAGAAGCAAUCCCACGAUCAGUCAUUGUGGCUGAAAUACUCCCUAACAAACCUCCUACUUUGUUCGUUUCAAUGGCCGAUGGAACCGUCUUCUCCUUCUCUUUCGACGUCCAUGCCUUUUCCCUCUUCAACUCUAGCAAGAUUACACUGGGAUCUGAGCAGCCAUCAUUCAAGGAACUUCCGCGUGGUAAUGGGCAGUACAAUGUUUUUGCAACGUGUGAUCACCCAAGCUUGAUACAUGCAUCCGAGGGAAGAAUUGUAUAUUCUGCAGUUGAUUCGGCAAGCGCUAGCCGUAUCUGUAGUCUCAAUACCCAAGCUUACCCAGGCUCAAUCGCGUUGUCGAGCCAGCACGAGCUGAAGAUAGCAAUCGUGGACGAAGAGCGCACCACACAAAUCCAUACCUUGCCCAUGCAUGCCAGCGUCAGACGCCUGGCUUACUCCCCCAUGGAAAAGGCCUUUGGACUAGGGACAGUGAAACGGAAAAUUUCCAACGGAGUAGAAGAAGUAAGCAGUUCGUUUGUCCUGGCAGACGAGAUGCUCUUUCGGCCCUUGAGCACGUACGAUCUUCGCCCCGACGAAUUGGUUGAGUGUGUCAUUAGGUCCCAGUUAAAUUAUGGUAAAGACGAGGUAGGUAAUUCGAUAUCUAAGGACUUGUUCUUCGUUGGAACCGCCUUCCUAGACGAUGUAGGGGACGACCAUAUCCGUGGCCGUAUCCUUAUAUUCGAAGUGAACAGGUCCCGAGAGCUCUCUUUAAUCGUGGAGAAGUCUCUCAUGGGAGCUUGUCGCACCCUCGCUGUUAUGGAUCAUACAUUACUAGUAGCUGGUCUAGUCAAGUCGGUCUCGGUGUUCAAGCUCGCACGUGACAGAUUUGGGAACAUCCUCCUGGAAAAGCAUACUGCAUACCGAACAUCUACCGCACCAAUUGAUAUAUCCGUAGUUGGUGACACGGUUGCCGUAGCAGAUGUGAUGAAAAGCAUGUCACUGGUCCAAUACACACAGCCAGAAGAGGGUGAACAAGAACCCAAGUUCGAAGAGGUAGCACGCCACUAUCAGACACUCUGGAGUACAGCUGUGGCGCCCAUUGAAGAGAAUGUCUAUCUCCUUGCCGACGCGGAAGGAAAUCUGGUCGUUCUACAGCAAAACAUUACAGGCGUAACAGAGUCGGAUAGGAAACGUCUGCAACCUACGAGUGAAAUCCGACUUGGCGAGAUGCUGUUUCUGCACGAGCAUUACUAG